UUUCAGAAUAAAUUUUUGUCUAUCCCAGGCUUUCGAUUUUGGUAGCUAAGAUUUUUGUUACUGUACCAGAGUUCUCUCGUAGAUGAAAGAAGCCAAGAUCUCAAACCUGUAUUCGAAGGCAUCUUGGAAGAUAUUAGUCUUCAAAAUGGCUGGGAUUCGCUCACCGCCGAUAACGCAAUUAUGUCGCCGCUCGGUGGGGAUAAUUUUGAAAGCGAAAGCGAUUUGAAUGCCGAUCACUGAAAUGGUGACCGUAACAUUGAUUGUUUAGCGCUCUUCUUGAUAGAAGCUCAUUGUAUGAGUUGCUUGAUCGGAGAUAUCAAUCUUUCCCAAAACAUCAUUAAUAGGCUAAGAUCGUUGACCAAGCAUUUAUUUGACCCUAUCUUGAUGGGCGCGUUGGGUAAAAGGACAAAGUUUCAAAAGCACGACAUUGCCCAAUUGUUAUUGCGCGUCAAAAGAAAGGGUACCCUUGACUCGCACAAAUAUUUCGACUCCGAUACGGAAGAUUCCAAUAACAAAAUGUUACCUAAAGAUAUUUUUCUCGACGAUGAUACGUUACUAGAUAAGAUAGCCUAUUCAGCAACCGGCGCUCAUCCGGAACCCAACCCUAACCUGGAUCAGAGUCCCGAGAAUGCGGGGAACGAUUUGAUCGAUUCGAGUAUCCUAGUCAUAACUAAUAUGGAAAGAUUAAUUUUACUCGCCACCGUCAGGCACAUAAAUUUGCUUUACCCCAACGACCCUUUACUGUUUGAACAAAUUCAACCCUAUUUGGAUCUAAUACUUGCCCCAACUCUUCAGUCUAAAUCCCGUAUAACAUGGAGCAUCAAAUUUUCUACACUUUACCAACGGUGCCUGUGCGAAGUGGAAAACAAACGCAAGAUCGAGAGUGCCUUGACUCAAGUGGAAGAAUUAGUCGACAACUUAGAAGGUGACGGAAAAAUUGAUAAACAUCCUAUAAUACCGAACGAAAAUAGGAUGAACAUGUUUUACGCCUCAGGACCUCCGCCAUCUUACUACAAAUUGCAGAAAUUUUUAGCUCGUAUACUCCUAAAAUUGGGCUGCGUUAGUUCAGGCCUAGAUAUCUUCGAAUCGUUGAAUAUGACAGCAGACAAGAUCUCUUGCUACAUGGCUCUGGGGAGAAUGGACACGGCCGAAAAAACUAUCCUAGAUUGGAUCCUGAAAAGAAAUGCCGAUGCGUCGAACAUCGAAAAUGGCAGUUUUUACAAGCUUAUGGAGGAUAUCAAGGAUCCCAACAAGAAACUGUGGAAGAAAACCCGACUCGAUUUCUGUCAAAGCGACAUAAAAUUUUAUAACCGGGAUAACCAAAAAAAUUUGCUCAAGGCGAAUAACGACAAGGAAUCGAAAGACGUGAUAGGUGACGCUGAUAAUCGAGCUUUCGCCAAUUGUUUUAAAAGGAGUCUCAUCUUAGAGCCCGACAAUUUUAAAGCAUGGAACAAUUUGGCCUCACUGCAAAUAAAAUCCGAGAAUUUUGUCGGCACAUGCGCUACCCUAAAAGAAUCCUUGAAAUACAAUUAUCACCGUUCUUGGCAAAUAUGGGAGAACUUACUCUACGUGGCCACCAGGCGUUUAGAUUGCGAAGAAAUGAUAUGGUGUUUGAAUAGCCUGCUAGAUAUUUUAUGGGGUCACGAGGGUGUAGCUGAUAAUAACGGUAGUGUGGAAGAGUUCGUAUUUGACGUCAACAAGGCUUUUGACAAUGAUGGUUCGCCAACAUCUUACAACAGAUUCAAAGGUCAAAGUUUAACCGUCUUGAGAUUAUUUCCUCGAACUUUACAUAUUCUAGUCAAGGAAUUAGCUAUGUCAACCUAUAGCAAUAAAGAGCGUAACUCCCCUGAUGAUGGUGGUUCCUCCUUAAUUAAACCUGCAUGUAUCGCUCAAUUCCAAUCUAUGAAACGCAAAUUAAAGACUCUGUUCGAACGGGAAACCAAUAAGCUUUCUGACAACCCCAAAAUAUGGUAUUUAUACGGACUUUUGAACGGACUUUUGAACGGACUUUUGAUGCUCACCUUCAAUAAAUUUGGGAACGAUGGAUAUGAAUCACCACCCGAGGACCUGUCAGAAAAAUAUCAAGCUGCCGAAUAUAUCAAAGAAACUUUCAGAAAUCAUAUCGCUAAAACCCAAGACGCUUCGAGAACAAAUAUUUAUACAACGAAACCUUUAAUUGCCUCGACGUAUGGAUACAGAAGGACGGAUAAUUUUGGAUUCACAGAUGCUCAAACUACAAAAUAUGCGCAAUCUAGAGAAGGAAUUGCUAAAUAUAAAUGAUAUAAUCGAUAAAAAUACAAAAAAUAUACGAUAUUAAUAAAAUAAAAUAAAAUAUUUUUUU